AUUCUUUCGUCGAGUACGUGUUGCGUGUGUUGGAUUGGAUUAUUAAAUUAGCCCAAAUUAACAAGCUAAUAUAUAAAAAUAAAGAGGAAGAUCGAGCUGGCAAACAGGUGGUGGGCCGGCGCGGCCAUGGGAGGCGUCGACCCCGCCGCCUCCGCCGCCGCCGCCCCGUCCUCUCUCCGCCUCCACCACCUCCACCACCACCUGCUCCUCCUCCGCGACCCCUCCGACGUCAACAGCGCUGCUCCCACCACCCCCAACAGCAGCGCCAGCAACGCCAACGCCGCCACCACCAACAACAACGACGACGACGCCCCGCUCUCCCCCUCCGAACCCGACCCCGACCCCGACCCCGACCCCGACCCCGACCCCCCGGGCUCCGGCUCGUCCUCAGGGCGCCGCCCGCGCGGGCGACCCCCGGGCUCCAGGAACAAGCCCAAGCCUCCCAUCGUCGUCGCCCGCGAGAGCCCCAGCGCGCUGCGCUCCCACGUGCUCGAGAUCGCCAGCGGCGCCGACAUCGCCGGCGCCGUCGCCGCCUUCGCACGCCGGCGCGGCCGCGGCGUCUCCGUCCUCAGCGCCAGCGGCGCCGUCGCCAACGUCACCCUCCGCCAGCCCGCCGCCCCCCCGGGCGCCGUCGUCGCGCUCCACGGCCGCUUCGACAUCCUCUCCCUCUCCGGCGCCUUCCUCCCGGCCCCAACGCCGCCGCCCCCCGCUGGCCUCACCGUCUACCUCGCCGGCGGCCAGGGCCAGGUCGUCGGCGGGAGCGUCGUCGGCGAGCUCCUCGCCUCGGGGCCCGUGAUGGUCGUCGCCGCCACCUUCGCCAACGCCACCUACGAGCGCCUCCCCCUCCCCGACGACGACCCCGAUCCAGCAGCAGACGCCGCGGCGGCGCCUACUCCUUCCGAAGGAAUGCAACUGCAGGAGAUCCCGGGGAACAACGGCGGCGGGGAUUUGGCGGCGCAGCCGGUUUCGAUGGCGCUGUAUAAUCUGCCGCCGAAUCCGCAUAUAUCGAACGGCCGGUCGUCGUCGCCGCCGCCUUAUUAAUUAAGUAGUAGUGUUUGUUCCUCUUCUUCCUCUUUCUUCGUAUACAUUUGAGUGUCUUACUGUGUUAAUAAUCAUUGGCUCACUUGUAUUGCGCAUGCAUGCUUUUCAAAUUUAGGAGCGGAGUGAUCGAUGCAGAGUAGAAUUAUAUGUUCAUGUUCGUGUUCAUGCUCGUGCUCUGUAGUUGCCUUAUAAAUAUGUCACCGCAGGGUUCUUAGUUGUACAAACAAAUUAAGCAAUGUAUCACUAGUUGUAGAACUUAAAAUUGUUCAAAAGCUAUUCUGCCGUUCUGAUCU